CGCUCUAUUAAAGGCUGGAGUUUAAAGGUCAGCUCUGUACGCAUCAGCUGCAAGUACGAUUCAGCCCCUCAAUGACUCUCAGGAGGUUUGUGCUUGCAGCAUGGACUUAAAAGAUGAGCCUCUCUCAAAGCUGGGAGCUAUUUGCUCUGUGUAAGGAGCUGCAGUUGCCAACAGGAACACCGCAGGUCAGAAGCAGCCGGAAGAUGCAUGGAUGUCCCGUACCAGGACAGUGCCUCCUUCUGAUUUUGACUUAGAAAACUAAAGAUCUGCGGUUUCCCUCUCGCUGGCUGAGCUGCGUGGGUGCCAAGUUCCACACAUGAUUUAAUGAAUAAGAAGGAGAUGUCCAUGGAAAAAAGGACCCAGAAUGAUUACUAACCUAUGACUCCCAACAGUAUGACAGAAAAUGGCCUUCCAGCCUGGGACAAACCGAAGCACUGCCCAGACCGAGAACACGACUGGAAGCUAGUAGGAAUGUCUGAAGCCUGCCUGCAUAGGAAAAGCCAUUCGGAGAGGCGCAGCACAUUGAAAAAUGAACAGUCGUCACCACAUCUUAUCCAGGCCAGUUGGACUAGCUCGGUAUUCCAUCUGGACCAUGACGAUGUGAAUGACCAGAGUGUCUCGAGUGCCCAGACCUUCCAAACAGAAGAGAAGAAAUGUAAAGGGUACAUCCCCAGUUACUUAGACAAGGAUGAGCUAUGUGUAGUGUGCGGUGACAAAGCCACGGGGUACCACUACCGCUGCAUCACAUGUGAAGGCUGCAAGGGUUUCUUUAGAAGAACCAUUCAGAAAAACCUCCAUCCGUCCUAUUCCUGUAAAUAUGAAGGAAAAUGUGUCAUAGACAAAGUCACAAGAAAUCAGUGCCAGGAAUGUCGCUUUAAGAAAUGCAUCUAUGUUGGCAUGGCAACAGAUCUGGUGCUGGAUGAUAGCAAGAGGCUGGCCAAGAGGAAACUGAUAGAGGAGAACCGGGAGAAGAGACGGAGAGAAGAGCUGCAGAAAUCGAUAGGGCACAAGCCGGAGCCCACGGAUGAGGAAUGGGAGCUCAUCAAAACUGUCACCGAAGCCCACGUGGCAACCAAUGCCCAAGGCAGCCACUGGAAGCAGAAACGGAAAUUUCUGCCAGAAGAUAUUGGACAAGCACCAAUAGUAAAUGCCCCAGAAGGUGGAAAGGUCGACUUGGAAGCCUUCAGCCAUUUUACAAAAAUCAUCACACCAGCAAUUACCAGAGUGGUGGAUUUUGCCAAAAAGUUGCCUAUGUUUUGUGAGCUGCCAUGUGAAGACCAGAUCAUCCUCCUCAAAGGCUGCUGCAUGGAGAUCAUGUCCCUGCGCGCUGCUGUGCGUUAUGAUCCGGAAAGUGAGACUUUAACCUUGAAUGGGGAAAUGGCAGUGACACGGGGCCAGCUGAAAAACGGGGGUCUUGGGGUGGUGUCGGAUGCCAUCUUUGACCUGGGCAUGUCUCUGUCUUCUUUCAACCUGGAUGACACCGAAGUAGCCCUUCUUCAGGCGGUCCUGCUGAUGUCUUCAGAUCGUCCAGGGCUCGCCUGUGUUGAGAGAAUAGAAAAAUACCAAGAUAGUUUCCUGCUGGCCUUUGAACACUAUAUCAAUUACCGAAAACACCACGUGACACACUUUUGGCCAAAACUCCUGAUGAAAGUGACAGACCUGCGCAUGAUCGGAGCCUGCCAUGCCAGCCGCUUCCUGCACAUGAAGGUGGAGUGCCCCACGGAACUCUUCCCUCCACUGUUCUUGGAAGUGUUUGAGGAUUAGAUGGACUGGAUUCAUUCUCAUAAUUCCUACAGCACUACUGGGCGUCAUUUCAUUCCAUUGCCUAGCUCUUUUUUGUUUGUUUCUUUGUUUCUUUGUGUUGAGAGGGAUUGUUUGGGGGUAAAGGGAGGUAGUCCUUGGCAUAGACAUGGAUGAAAUUGCCCCUUGAAUGCGGGUACUUGUAACUAUUGCAUUUUGUUCUCCGGUCCUUUGAUGUGAAUGCUUUGAAGGUUUUCCAGUUGUGGAAGUGGGGUGGGGGACAAUCAUUAAUUCACCAGCACCAAG